AUGGUUAUUAAAAAAAUGUUCAAAGAAGACUUUCGAGAGACAUCUUCUCGGAAUAGGUCGGAUGAUGCCACAGCUGCUGACAGUGAUUUCAAUCAACAACCCUUCAUCACAAUACAGCAUCAUCAUCAUGAUCAUCAUCAACCUUCUAGGAAUCAUCAUAAUUUUAAUAGGUCAUCAUCACUCUCCAUACAUUCUCAUCAUACAAAUACCAAUAGUAGAACAAGCCAUCAUCACCAUCACAAUAACAGUAAUGAUUCUAAUCAGAGUUUUGAAAUGGUUCCUCUGACUGUUCUUACUCCCUACAAAAGUAGUACUCAACAGUCUUCUUCAUCUAAUCAAAGCCUUCUUUUGAGUCUUCCUUCCUCUCCAUCAGCAACUCCAAGUUUGAAAAGGUCAAACUCUUCUGGAGGAGGUUUAGAUAUCACUCAACUCAGUGCAAGAUCGAGUGAUUUUAGCUUUCUAGAAGAAACUCAACAAGAAAAUAAGAAUAAUAUCGAGUAUGCAGAUUCGUACAUGUUGAUGUGGAGUCCUUGGCAUUCAAUGUAUAAUAAUUUAUUUGUAGAAUUUUGGAUGGUGAAAAUUAAUUCUAGGCUUGACGAUGAGGAAUGUACAAAUAUUGGAGAGAAUGUAAAUUGUAAAUUAUUGCCAAUUAAACAAGCUUCAAAGAGCUCGAAUUUGGAAAGAUUUCCAACUGGAAACUUUUGGAGUUAUUCUGUUGGAUUGGAAACAUUUAGAGAAAAUCAACAAUCAAAUCAAAGUGUUUCUACUCAUUAUUUUGGUAAUGAGCUUGAAGAUUUGAUUAUUUGCUUUUUUGGAGUGACGAAAAUUAUGAAAUUUAAAUUGAAUGUGAGCAAGAUGAAAAUUAGAGAUCGAAAAUCUUCGACCACUCAUGAAUAUGUAACAGGAGUAGAAAAGUCUCCUCUAGAUGCUUAUUCAUCGUGGGACUCAUUCCCAGACUCAGAUGAUAUUGACGAAUCUGGGAAUGAAAUCACACAAGAUAUUUACCAAUCUCUAUUUCGUUCCAGUCACAAUGCUCUCAAAAUUAGUAACAUUCCUCGUUUAGAAUUUGUACAUAAUGAUAAUGAGCUCAAUUUUGUAAAGUGUGACAAUGACUAUAAUUUUAAUAUUUAUUCAAUGAACAAGAGAAGAAUGGAUGAUAAUGGGAAUUAUUCUCUCUCGUUAGAGUUGACACCUCAAACACCUACAAGCAGUAGUAGCACAACUCUGGCAAUUAUUCAAAAGACGAGUGUCUAUUUAUCAAAGGUUCACUCACUGAAUGUUCUGUUUUUCCAAAAGCAAACAACUAGAAAACUUUUUAAUAAGGCAAAAAGUCCAACUAGUGGAAGAUUUGAAUUACGAUCAUUAAAUUCUGUCAAGACAGGAUUUGAAACGAUUGGAGAUGUAAUCCCAUUUGAUUUAGAUACAGAGAGUGGGCUGCAUCAACCCAGCCAAUACGUAAAAGUUUGUAAAUUCGAUGAUAACAUGUUUGUCGUUUUGGAAAUUGACAAAUACCUAUUGAAAAAGCUAGGAGACAAAGAGGUGAAUGCUGAAAAUAUUGAUUCAAUGCUCAAUACGCAUCACCACCACGUUACUAGCUUACCCAAAUAUUUUAAAUUAUUCAUUCUAGAUUUAAGCAAUCCAGAAGAUGUUAAAAUCAAAAAACUCACCAAUCUCAAAAAGCAACAACAUACUUCACCUAAAUUGAAUAGUAGUAUUUACAAAUUUAGUACGGAAAUUUCAACAACAACCUCGAAUAAUAUUUAUUCCUCAUCUUCAUCUCUUGGAAUAGAAGAAUCAAAGGGAUUUAUUCCUAUUUACAAACACCAAAAGUCGAAGAAGAGAACCACAAAAUCUCAUUUCACAUUUCAACACAAUGAUGAUGUGUUUAACAUGAUUGUUUUUAAACAAGAUCCUCACAAAAAUCCCCAUCACUACACUCUGGCAAUAUUCUACAAAGCAUUUGGGGAUAGAUAUCAAUUCAAUGGUGAAGUAUCAGAUCAUUCACCAUUUAAAGGAAGAUGGGAUGACACAAAUCAGAAAAAAAUGAGAGGAAAGCCAUCACGUAAACUCUCCAUCAUCAACAGCCAGGUUUCUUCCGAUGAUUUGUUUGGAAAGUUACAAUAUGAUGGCAGUAAACCAACAACAACAAGUAUUGUAGAAAAUUACAUGGACAUACAACAAACUACCAACAAUAAGAAACCAAAUUUUGAUCAGUUUAGUUUGCUCUCUCCUCCUUCUUUUAUACAUACAAAAAUUGCUGUUCCUACCUUUUUGUCAAGGAAUGAAUUGUACAGUGAUUUGGAUUCGGAUGAAAUUUCUCCUUGGUGUAUUAAAAUGAGAGGAUUAGUUUCCGAUUCUUUUCCUUCAAAAACUAUGUCAGAAGAUGAUGAAACUAAUGACAGAUCAAAAGAAUUUAAAUCAAUACAAGGUUGGGAGAAACAUUCAGAUAUUUCAAAAAUCAGAAAGAUAUUCUCUCAUCAUCAAUUUGUUGCCCUGUUAUUGGAACAUGACCGAUUAAAUUUUAUUGGAAGGUGUCUCUUCUUCAAUACACUUUUGGCACAAAAUUUAAAAUCUGAUAGGACAAUUGUUGAUACAGCGGAAACACCAACAACUAUUCUGGACAGUAUUUCUCUCACCUCCAAUAAUUUGGACGAAAUAUUACAAAAACAAGAAAAGAAGAAGAGAAAGAUUUCUCUAUUCAAGAAGAAUGAUACAUCACCAAAUAGAUCUCCGAGAUCACCAAGUGACGAUGAACCACUCUCAAUAUCUGCCUCGGCACUUUUAUCUUCAACCAAAAUUUCUUCUAAACAACUGGUUGACAAUGUCAAUGAAAAUUAUUUCAACGAGAUGACAAGAAAGGAAACUGAAAUCUGUUCAGUUUCAAGAAUGGAACAAAACAACUUUAAUUUGAUUCUCAAGUUUCAUGUAGUGAAGGAAGCUAUUAAGAAACUUGUAUUUGGAUCAACUAAACAUUUUUUCAUACUUACCGAAAAUGGAAACGUAUUUGUGAUGGGAAGUAAUCUUGAUGGACAAUUAGGAAUUUCAGACAAGUAUGAAAUUGUAGAAACAGAGCCUGUGGCACUUAAUUUUAAUGGCCAUAAAAUUGCAGAAAUAAUUGCAGAGGAACAUUGGACAAUGUUUCUCACUCUCGAAGGAAAAAUAUUUGUUUGUGGUAGAAAUUAUGGAAUUGCUGGCAUGUAUUUGGACAUUCCAUACAAUAAUCUCUUUACACCAAUGCAGGUGACUCAGUCAAGCAUACACGUAGAAAAAAUAGCUGGUUUUAUGGGAUCAAUUAUUUUCCUAACACGAGAAGAGAAUGCCCAAUUUUCGUAUGGUUUGAAUAAUUUUGGAAUGUUGGCCAAUGGUGGAAAUAGCUUGUCUGUGAUUGGAAGUCCAACAAGAAUUUCUCAAUUUUGGAAUAAGGAGCUUAUUAAGGAUGUGUUUAUGGUAAAUAAUAACAGUAUAUUUGUGACAGCCAGUGAUAGGAUUUAUGUGUGUGGCCUUGCUACUCAGAGAGAUAAAGCAGAAUGCAUUCUCGAUAUAACAACAUUGGAUCUUUUAGAAAGAUUUACAAUUAAGAAAGUUCUCGAUGGAGAUGGAUAUGGUAAUGUUCUUCUAUUUCUCAGUGUUGAACUGGAUGUAUACAUGUACUAUUUUGAUGAAGAGAACAACAAACACAGCUUUACAAAAGUUUUGACUAAUAUUGUAGAUAUUGAUAGCUGUGGGAGAAACUUGACAUUUUUGCAAAAAUUGAUUGAAGAGGCAGAUAUUGUGAGACCUCUCCUACUUAUUUCCAAAUUUUCCAAUCAAUUUCACGUAGGUAGAAGAAAGCGAAAGAAUAGCAAUUACGCCAACAGUGCAGAUAGUAUAGAUUUGGCAAUAGAUACCAUUCAUGCCAGUUCAACCUCACCAGAAAUGAAACAAUUAUGGUUCGACAUUGUUAAAUCCUUCUCUGACAAAGAACAGUAUGCGCUCAAGUACACAACCGAAUAUUUAAAGUUGGAAUUGCUCAACGAAAUUCUCGAUGUUCCAAUGUUUUACAAUCAAGUUGUGAAAGAUUUAUGGAGAUUACCACCAAAUCCAUCCAAGAAAAUGAAAGAUUUACAUUCAGUCGCUCUCUCCUACUUUACCUAUCACAAAGAUAAGGGAAUAGACCAAAAGUGGGACAAUUUAGUUUACUUCCCACAGAACGAGGAAAUACUUUUCAAAUUAUUACUUUUUUCAUUCGAAUUAGAUUUAUCAACAAUAACUACUGGAAUAUUUAAUUAUUUGAGGCUUAAACUUGACACCAAACCAAUUCAAGCACUCUCCAAAAUUGAAACAAUGGAGUAUGCAACAAACUUCUCCGAGUUGAGAAAGAAUUUUGACAUUUGGUUUCAGCUUUCAUCAAAGAAGAAAGUUAAAAAUCCAUUUACAACUAAAAAGGCUAAAGGUUUCGAUAUGUUCCUCUCUACCACCAUGCUAAUUAUAUUACAGAAAUUGAUGGAUGGUCUAGCACCACUAUCUGUGAAACAUCCUGGUAAAACCUAUAGAAAUUAUCAACCAAUUAUUUUGGAUUUGAAUUCACUACAAAUUGCUGAAACUUGGACUGUUGUGAAAAAGUUAAAGGAUGACAUUACAGAAAUUAUUUCAAAGAGACAAGCAACAAACACCAAAAAGAAAGCCAUUGAAUAUAAGGAACAAUUAACUGAAUAUUGCAAAGGAAUUAGAUUUAAUGACAUUUUCAAUAGUUUGUGUGCUCAACCUCAUUCUAUCAAUUUCAUAUUCAGAUAUUGCAUUUGUAAUUGCUUUUCUGCAGAACCUAGAUGGAAGAUUGACGAAACAAAGACUGUUCACAUUCUCAAUAGAAAGAUGAAAUUCAAAAUGAGUGCUAGAGAGCUAGUUUCAAAAAUUGACCAAGAUAUUAAUCAAUCUUUCCAACAACCAAAUACAGCCCCUCCUGGAAGUCCAGAAACUGAUGAAAGAAUUGAAGUAAUUACUGAAAUAUUCAACUCUUCCAACAUUUCACCAAAUCCAGCAAAAUCUAAUGAAAAGAAAUUUAGAGUCGAAACCUCUUCUAUGGAAUCUCCAAUUGUCAGUAAUUUGGAAAUCAACAAGAAUGGUUUACAAGUUAUUGACAAGUACUUUAAAGCCAAUUCCUCACCUUCAUCCCCAGAAACAAACAAUUCAACAUCUCCCAAUUCUGGAAACCUCUCCCCAGAUUUUCAACAAGCUCUUUUAUACGGUAAACAGUUGAUUUUUGAUGAGAAAGUUCCAUUAUUCAAAGUAAGGAAAAUGGCUAAAACCAAGUUUGAUUCUCUCACUAAUAAUGAUCUUACUCAACUCUACAUUGAAUUAGUGAGGAUACAGACAGAGAAAAUGAAACAUUAA